ACUCAGCUGACAGGACUGGGUUUUAGUUUUUUUUUUAUUCCGGACGGGAAGAAAGGAAGGAGUGAAGACCGUCAGUUUUUUAUCGGUCUGGGCGACAUGGCGUUGAACAUGAGCAAAAACGGCGUCGAGCUGAUGGCGGCCUACAAGGAUGUGGUGGACGGACACUCAGACAUCAAUUGGGUUUUGUUCACCUACGAGGGGAACAGCAACACCAUGCGCGUGGCGGGAAAAGGAGGCGGCGGUCUGGAGGAGAUGGUUGAAGAGCUGAACAGCGGCAAGGUGAUGUACGCCUUCUGCCGAGUGGAAGACCCCAACUCCGGCCUGCCCAAAUACGUGCUCAUCAAUUGGACAGGCGAAGGUGUGAAGGAGUCACGCAAAGGACUGUGUGCCAAUCACUUGGGUACAGUGGCCAAUUUCCUAAAGGGGGCCCACGUGACCAUCAACGCUCGCGACGAGGACGACGUGGACCCCGACGUCAUUCUGUCCAAAGUGUCCAAAGCGUCAGGAGCCAACUACAACUUCCACAAGCCUGCAAACCCCCAGCCCGGGGACGUCCCCCGAGGAGCUGUGGGUUCUGUUUAUUGUAAAACAAACGCUAUGGAGGAAAUUCAACAAAUCAACAAAGAUUCUUUUUGGAGCCAAGCGCAGAAGGAGGAAGAGAUGCGGCGUAAGGAGGAGGUGAAGAAGGCGCAGCUACAGAGGCAAGCGGUGGAGCAGGAGCGCCGCGACUUGGAGGAGAAACAUGCCGUGGAAAGAGAGAAAAUAAUACACCAGAGAAACAUCGCCAUCGACCAGAACAGACUACUGCAGAAGCAAAUGGAAGAAGAAGAGCGGGAGAAAGAACAACAGCGACGGUUUGCAUUCCAGAACCUGCAGAAGAACGAGACUUCAUCCGUGGUGAUGAGGCAGGCCACGUCAGCGCAGGGUGCCAGCGAGGCCAAGGCGUUGAUCUCGCAGCGCUCCUUCAACCCUCGCGACGUCUUCAAGCAGAAGGAGACCGCAUUUGACCACGGCUAUGGAGGCUCCGCCCACACGGCGGGGAAGCUCCGAAGCCCCUUUUUGUCCCAGCAAGGCUUUGACAGCCCUCAGCCUCUCCCUGGCUUCCAAGCCAUUCAACCCUUGGCGCCCACGUCUAUCUUGACACCUGAGACUUCGCCUACCCGCAGUCCCUACCAGCCCUCUGACUUUGCGGUCAGCGACCAAACGUCCGUCCCGGUCUCUUGGACUACAUCCUCCUCGCCUCGUCCCGACACAACCUCGAUUGACGACUUCCUUUCACGGCCGGCGGUGUCCUUGCCCGUGAUGCCUGCCACAGUGUCUGUGCCCACCCAGGCUGCAGCGGAGGACGAUGACUGGUCGGAUGAAUUUGACGAUGACCUGUACGAGGUGGUACCAGGCUUGGCGCCGAACGGCCAGCGGAUGAAAUCGCUCGCAGACGCCAUGUUUCCUACAGAUCUACAAGAAAGAGAGUACACGGUGCCGGCGCCCACGGGCGGAGCUGUCCUUUUUGAGGACGCCGGCCAGGACGCUAACACGGGCCAAGACGACAAUGCCACCGCCAACGCAGAACAAAACAUCUGCGCCAAGGCCGUAUAUGACUACCAGGCCGCCGACGACACGGAGAUCACCUUCGAUCCUGAUGACAUCAUCACGGGCAUCGAGAUGGUGGACGAAGGCUGGUGGCGAGGUUAUGGCCCCGACGGCCAUUACGGCAUGUUUCCCGCCAAUUAUGUUGAACUCCUGUAACUCCGUUUUGUAUUUGGGAGACGCGUCACAUGACUCCAAAUAAAAGGAUUGUGGUACAUGUUGAUCGGGUCUGUAGCGUGUUGCUCAGAAGCACGAAUAAAGUACAAAUAUCUCUUGA